AUGGCUACCAGCGUGCUAGGCCUCUUGUCGUCGGGUUUCCGAACCGAGAAGCUACUGGCGUCCCUCGGUACUACACCGGUAAUAUUUCCACAACCGAAGGAUCAAGCGGGUCUCCUCGUUACAGAGGAAUUGGACAAAGCCAUCGAAAGAUGCCGCGCCAAGGUUAAGACAAUCGCGGUGGACUGUCGUCGCCGGAAUAGGCGAUUUAAGGAUAUCGAAUUCGACCUCCUAGGAGAUCGUGAUCGCUGUCUGCACGAGCUCGGGGCUUCCGAUGGGCUCAAUCCAUCAGAUGUCUUGCGCGUUCCUCAAAUAUUUACUUCGCCGAGGUUUUACAUCGACGAUCCUAGCGCGCAGGAUAUAGCGCAGGGGAGGCUAGGAGACUGCUGGUUUGUCAGUGCCCUGGCCACGGUCAGCACAAAAAAAGGCCUCGUACAAAAGAUCUGUGUUGCAAGGGAUGAAGAAGUGGGCAUUUAUGGCUUCAUCUUUUUCAAGGACCAAGGCUGGAUAGAUGUUAUCAUAGACGAUUUGCUCUUUACGUCUGUGCCCAAAUACGAGGAACUUGAUGAUACGACCAAGAAUCUAUAUAAACAUGACAAAGCUAUGUACAACAAGCUCGCUCGGAAAGGCUCCAAGACGUUAUAUUUUGCGAAAUCAGGUACCGACAAUGAAACAUGGGUGCCGCUCAUUGAAAAAGCAUAUGCCAAGUUGCAUGGGGAUUAUGCAUCGCUUAUCGGUGCCUCCGGACUAUGCGAAGCCAUCGAAGACAUGACUGGCGGAAUAACGAAUCAGAUAUACGUGAACGAUAUCCUUGACCACGACAAAUUUUGGACGGAAGAGCUCCUUAAUGUCAAUGAAGAUAGGCUUUUCUCUUGCGGCAUCGAUCCGGUUGCGUUCGGUUGGGACUCAGAUGACACAGUAGAAGGACUAUAUCCUUCGUACGAGGUUAAAGGAAAGCGCUUCCUGAAGAUCAGAAACCCUUGGGGUAAGAGCGAAUGGACGGGUAGAUGGAGCGACGGUUCCAAAGAAUGGACCAGCGAGUGGCUGCAAGUUCUUCCAGAGCUCCAUCAUACUUUCGGAGACGACGGACAGUUUCUAAUGGAAUAUGAGGACUUCUUGUCGACUUGGACUCGCAUAGCACGGACGCGGUUAUUUGACAGCAGCUGGAUAAUGAGUUCUCACUGGUUGAAUGUCAACGUCCGCCCUUUCCCUUGUGCAUGGACCUUCGGGGAUGUCUCAUUCACGAUAUCCGUACCUGCAUCGACUCCAGCCAUCAUAGUGCUCUCACGACUCGACAAUCGCCAUUUCAGGAAAAUGGCAUGGAGUUAUGAGUGGUCUUUUGACUUCCUGAUAUUCAAGCGAGGAGCGCAGGAGCCACUUAGUGCUUCGUCCCAUGACGAUUUCUGGAGCAAAUCCAUCAAUACCGAGGUAGAGUUAGAGCCAGGAGAAUAUGUCGUACACAUUCGGAUAGACAGGACACCACAGCCUGCACCGGAUAGAUCAAACUGGGACGCCCGUAAGUUGGCUAGGACGGAGACGAUGAAGUACAUCAGUCAUAGUAUAGCCGCCAACUUUGACGCGAAAGAUCUUAGUAAUAAGCUGCCCCUCAAGCUGGAAUCUCUCGCUGGUCGGGACGUUACGGAACUAGAACAAUUGUACGGUCCAUCAGGGGGUAGGGUCGUCGUGGAGGUCCGGGAAGAGACCAAAGAAUUAAUCGCUCGGCGAGAAGACGAACCCUCUAAGGAACCAUCAGGAACGGAUUCUGUAAAGCAAGAUGGUGAGACCUCCGGUGCGGGACAAGCCUCAAACGCACAGGAACAACCGGCAAGCGAUAGCAAACCAGAACCGCCCAUAGUCGCCCCCGCCCCUGCCCCCGCCCCCGCGCCAGCGCCCGAACCGGUGCCGGUGCCUGCACCGGCUCCUGCAUCUGUGCCCGCACAGGGUGCACACGAAGGCUUUAGAUGCGAUGUAUGCAAUGCGUCACCCAUCGUGGGACCGAGGUUCCAUUGCCUUCAUCCCGAAUGCAACGAUUUCGACCUCUGCGAGUCAUGUAAGAACUCUAAUAAGCACCCCGCUGACCAUGAAAUGCUUCGCAUUGAUCCUCCCUCGGGAGUGACGGGACAGAAUACGGCCGACACUGCUAGUAGCUCUACCGAAGACGACAAUCGGAUUACCGUUGGCUUGCGAGUGUACACGAAGCGAGAUGUACCGGCCGUGAUCAAAGGUCAACUGAGACAAGGACCUAUCCCCGCGGGUCUGCAGUGGUCGAAUAAAAAGGAGGGUUCCUCACCCUGA